GUAAGCUGUCCCGUAUGUCUACGUUACCGUAAUACACCCAAAGAUUUGUCACCGUCCCUGUCGGGAUAUAAGGGACCAGAGAACACAGUAUCGGAUACGUGCGGGGAGGAGAUAUUGUUGGCCAACCAAAAACCGAACGCCAUUACAUCGCCCGGAUACCCACGGGAGUACGGCAAUUCACUAGACUGUAAAUGGUACUUGACGUCUGAUAAACCCUGUAACGAUGACGUCAUACAAGUUACUAUUCACACGCUGUCACUAGAAGAGACGUACGAUCACCUUGUCAUCUACGAUGGUGACACAGAACGGCACCCUGUGUUGACCAAAUUGUCAGGGACUGCAGAACCACAAGUCAUCGUGGCGUCCGGAACCUCUAUAAUUAUCGCAUUUAAGACGGACGACACAGCAUCCGGGCGAGGAUUUUAUCUGUCUUACAUCCGAGGGAAAGUUGAUAUAGAUACAACGUAA